UACCACACAACACAUAGUUCUUCGGUGGUCCUUCAAACCGUUAACAAAAAGGCAUCGAGUCCCCAGGUUCUUAACCUCCUCUUCAUCCCCUGCGAGCACGACUAUUGCAUCCCAUUUCCACCCGAACCACCAAUAAGAAAAAAAAAAAGAAAAAAAGAAUCAACCACCAAACAAUGUGCAAAUACAUGCUCGUCACCUACCGGUGCGCGCACACCGCGUUCCUCGCCGGCCCCAACUGCGCCACCGUGCUCAAGCAGCUAUGCCGGAUCCACCAGCCCGAGGCCUGGACGCGCAGAGGCCGUAAGAUCGUCCCUUUCGACUGGCCUGAUAGUUGCCUGCCGGGGGACGACAACAUAGUGCCCGUAUCUUCCGACAGAUGUUGCGGCUGGGAGUGCACGAACACGUUCGCCCGGACACAGCACGAAGGCGAUGAACUGGUGGCUUCCCCUGGUGCUCGAGGUGCCUCUCCGGCUAACAGCGUCGCCGUAGCGUCACCGGUUAGCUCUCGAGGGAACAAGUACCGAAGUCCACGUCCCGAGCACCAGGCUCCUAGCUACCACGCCAAAGACGACUGCCAUGCCGGCCAUUAUGACGGCUCGAGCCCCUUCUCGGGUUCUCAAGCCUUGUGCGAUUAUGUAGCUAUUAAUGCUGCCGCAUUUGCCCAGAACAAGAAUAAUGUUGAAGCACUAGAAUCAAUAAGCACUCAAGCGACCUUAGACAGGGAGGAAGCUGUCACGAAGAGAGCCCGAUCAGUGAAGGAGAGAGAAACAAGAAUGGCGGAGGAAGCAAGGACAUUAGGAAUGCCAAACGCGCAGUACGGGGUUCCCAGGAUAGGAGUAGGCUGGAGAGAGGGGGAGGAUGAAAUGAAGAUCGUAGGAAACUGGUGUACGGUUUUUAACUAACAAUCUGGCAUAAGGCGUUGAAAAUAAUAGAAUAUGGAAUCAUGAUAGACUGACGGGUUUUGCUUUCCCAUUUUUGUUGAUUAAUCAGUCUAAUAACAAGCCCUUUGUUGUGUAUAUU